AUGGAGGGCCUGGGCCGCUCGUGCCUGUGGCUGUGCCAGGAGCUGUCUCCCCCCAAACCACAACUGCUGCUCCUGGACUGUCGCAGCCGCGAGCUCUACGAGGCGGGGCGCAUCCGCGGGGCGCUGAGCGUGGCUCUGCCCGCGCUGCUGCUGCGCCGCCUGCGCAGGGGGAGCCUGUCAGUGCGUGCGCUGCUGCCCGGGCCGCCGCUGCAGCAGACCCCGCCUGGCCCGGUGCUCCUCUACGAUCAGGGCGGCGGACGUCGACGGCGCGGGGAGAGCGAGGCGGAGGCUGAGGCUGCGGCCCAGGCCGAUGACGAGUGGGAGGCCGAUUCCGUCCUGGGCAUCCUGCUGCAGAAGCUGAGGGAGGAGGGCUACGUGGCUUACUAUCUCCAGGGUGGCUUCAGCCGAUUCCAGGCCGAGUGUCCUCACCUGUGUGAGACCAACCUCCCCAACCAAGGUGGUCCCAGGGCAGCGCAGGCAUCCGGACCAGUCCCGGUGGUAGGGCUGGGCGGCCUAUGUGUGAGCAACGACUGUUCGGAUGGGGAAUCUGAGGCGGAGUCCAGGAGCUACGGCCUGGAUUCAGAGAGUACCACGCCUCCCCCAGCGGGGCUGCUGCUAUCCUAUCCUGUCCAGAUCCUGCCCAACCUGUACCUGGGCUGUGCCCGGGAUUCGGCCAACCUGGAGAGCUUGGCCAAGCUGGGCAUCCGUUACAUCCUCAACGUCACCCCCAACCUGCCCAACCUAUUUGAGAAGAACGGUGACUUCCAGUACAAACAAAUUCCCAUCUCGGACCACUGGAGCCAGAACCUGUCCCAGUUCUUUCCAGAGGCCAUCGCAUUCAUUGACGAGGCCUUGUCCCAGAACUGCGGGGUGCUCGUCCACUGCCUGGCCGGGGUCAGCCGCUCCGUCACCGUCACCGUGGCCUACCUCAUGCAGAAGCUCCACCUCUCCCUCAACGAUGCCUACGACCUGGUCAAGAGGAAGAAGUCCAACAUCUCCCCCAACUUCAACUUCAUGGGGCAGCUGCUGGACUUCGAGCGAAGUCUGAGGCUGGAGGAGAGACGUUCCAGGGGGCGCGACAGUGGGGGGCAGGAGUCCACUGCCUCCGAGGAUCCGCCCUCCUUCUUCACAACCCCCACCAGCGAUGGCGUCUUUGAGCUGGAUCCCACAUAG